AUGGCUGUCGCCGAAUACCUCAAUUUCGCCUACAGGCUAUGCUCAGCGGCAGCUACAAAGGCCGUGAACCAGGACUUUGUCUACAGUACUGCAUGUGUAGACCCUGAAGUCGUAGAUGCGCACGUCCACCUCGUUGCAGAUCCAGCCAACCUCGGCUUGAAGAAGAAAUGGGGCGAUGUCGUCACCAAGCACAAUCUGCUCAAGUACCUAAGCAGUGACAGAGCCGUCUAUUCAUCGUUCUCUCAAUCGGGAUUGCACAAGUAUUUGUUCUUGCGAAACGUCCAAUGCAAGAACGCGGAUAGGGCAAUCAACGACCCUGUGCUCAUCGCCUCGUAUCUCCUUUCCAUCACUGGCUUCAACGGUGUCGUCUUCCCGGACGACCCAUUAUAUGCGAAACUGGAACAGAAGAUGCUGUCGACCGAUGAGUACUAUGCUCUCCUCCGAGACAACGAGGACGUGCUAGAAUCUGGCAAGCGAAGACUCCUGAAAAACGCCAUGAGCGGCAAGAUGCCCCCCAAAGGUGUUCGAAUUCUCUUGUUCCAGGAUUCAAUCAAAGUCGUGGAGACGAUUUUGGACGGCACGAGACAGGGUGUGAGGGUUUCAACCACGAACAAGCACACUUUUCGUGAUGGGUACUCCCUCCACAUGUUCCAGCUGCUCGGGCAGGACGAAGGCGACGGCACAAGUCAGAUCCGAUUCCUCAACCAAGGCGAGGGCAAGACAACGGUUCCGUUCUUCGGGCCCAUCAACAACGCCGUGGCGAGCAUGAUGUGGAUGGCUAGCGGGAUCGCCGGAGCCUCUCGAUACGACUUGUUCAUGCAGGCCUUACCAAAGACAGACGACGAGGUCCAAGCCUUCGUUGAUGAUUCGCACGGGAAGUUCUUGGACGCCAUCCUAGACAGGCCCGAGAGGGGUUUCCUUGCUGCCAAAGCUUUCUGCUGUAUCACAGGAACAGCCUUGGGCCCCUUGAACACGCGUUUGGUGGCUUGGUACAUGUACAAAGAUGACCUUGCCAAGACGAGAGCGGAGGCAAUGUUGGAAUCUGCCAAACACUGGAAUGCGCUCCAAAUUACAGCUGCCAAGAAGCGAAUCGACGUCGACGAUGCUUUCAUGGCCAAGUACGACUUGAUGGGCAAGGCGGCCAAGAGCGGCGAAUUUCUCAGAAUGCUUCAGCUUGCUGUGAUAAAGGAUGCAAAUGUCGAAACACGACCUCUAGAGCAACAGAACCAGCCCGGAGGCCUGUAUGACGCGAAUGGUGAACGUUACUACGCACCACUCAUUGAAGAACCACGUCUUGGCGAUCCAGGCCACUGGGAUGAGGACCUACAGCAGGAACUCCAGCGCAUUACAAAGACGGCUUUCAGGGACAGACUUGUGAGUCAAGGAGCCAUCAUCCAAUUCCAAGAGAGCAUGGCCAGGAGAGUCAACGAGUAUCUUGAAAAUAAAACGGCCUCUCUUCGUCUACAAGACAUUCAAGCUUCUAUCCAGUUGGACCGCAUGGUCAACGAAUUCCUGGUUCCCAUCUUGGCAGAAUCCAGUCCUGCAAUCCUAGAAGGAAUUUGGGCUUAUGCGACUCAACAUCAACUUACUCCAACCGGCAUGGAAUUGCAAGUAUUUAGGAGACAAGUCACUACUCGAGUUAAGGUGCUUUACCUGAGAGACAUCUACGCCGUCUUCGCUGAUCGAGGAGGGUUGCUGGAGGUAUGGGUGGCCAAGACUGUCGAAAUGGCGUUCUGGGGUCCAGAGAAGCGCCAAAAGUUAGUCGAGGAAAGGGACGAGGCAAUUCAACAGGAGGAGGAAUCCACCAUCAAGCUGAAGGAGUACAAGGACGAGCAGACAACCGCUCAGGGUGCGAGAGCUCAGGUGUUACGAGAGGCGAUCGAGCAAGUGAAGGAAGAUAUUGAGAAAAGAGAAGCGGAGGUAGAGGCAUAUGAAGACAGGCUCAAGCUCAACAAGAGAAUUUCCAAAGGGCCAGUGCCAAAGGAUAACUACCAAGAGCAGGAGUCAUUUCUUCUCGACAAGCUUUCGUAG